CACGCUCGCUGCGCCUGCGUGCGUGUGCUCGCCUCCCACCCUCCCCGCACUAGCUCUGCACUUUCCCUGGCAGUCGUCCCUUGUUCCUGACUUCCUGCCUGAGCGCAUCCGGCCACCUUCUAUCCGCCCGCCAGUCCCCGCCGGCCUCCGCGGAUCAUCUGCCUGGGAUCAAGAUCCGUCGAGGCCGAGGCACCCGCGCGCCAAAGAUCGUUUCUUGAUCUAAAUUUGGGUGGUCGUAGGGAUCAAAGCUCGGUUCUCUGCGGUGCAGUUGAGAGGGCACCAAUAUUCUUGGCAUGGUGGCUGACACGGAAAGCUCAGAUUCACUGCCUGGCAGUUCAAAUGCUGCUUCUGAGAUGCCUGCUAAUGGGUCUAUUCACCGAAAGUCUCAGGAAAAGCCCCCCAAAAAAACACAUAAAGCUGAACGAGAGAAGCUUAAACGUGAUCAGUUGAAUGACCUUUUUGUUGAGCUCGGCAGUAUGCUAGAUCUUGAUCGACAAAACACUGGAAAGGCUACAGUGCUAGGUGAUGCUGCGCGAGUACUGCGAGAUCUAAUCACUCAAGUGGAAUCUCUCAGGCAGGAACAAUCUGCUCUUGUAUCGGAGCGCCAAUAUGUCAGUUCCGAGAAGAAUGAGCUGCAAGAGGAGAACAGUUCGCUCAAGUCCCAAAUAUCGGAACUACAAACCGAGCUCUGCGCAAGGAUGAGGAGCAGCAGCCUGAGCCAAACCAGCAUCGGGAUGUCGGAUCCGGCAACUCACCAGCAGAUGCAGAUGUGGAGCAGCAUUCCCCACUUAAGCUCCGUGGCCAUGGCGGCGCGCCCAGCAAGUGCAGCGUCCCCGUUGCACGGCCAGGAGGGCUACUCUGCUGACGCCGGUCAAGCGGGCUACGCGCCGCAGCCGCAACCUCGGGAGCUGCAGCUCUUUCCGGGGUCAUCGGCAUCGUCUUCACCGGAGCGUGAACGUUCUUCCCGGCUCGGAAGCGGCCAGGCCACGCCGCCGAGCCUGACAGAUUCCUUGCCGGGUCAGCUCUGCCUGAGCCUCCUACAGCCAUCUCAGGAAGCAAGCGGCGGCGGCGGCGGCGGCGUCAUGUCGCGCAGCAGAGAGGAACGGCGGGACGGGUAGCCAACUGACAGACAACGCACUUGAAUCGGGGUGUGUGGCGGCGGCGAUUGUCCUGUAAAUACCAAGAAUUCCGUCCCUUUACUGGCUCGUUCAUCCAGAACUAAUGCUGGUAGCUGCCCUGUGUUGAGCGGCAGCUCUGCUUGUUCUAGAAGCUUCUGAGAACAUGUGUGGGCUAUGUUUUCCAUGAGAUUGUAAGAUGUGAGGUGGAGCCGCUAGAACACUUAGCGUGCGUUUUACUGACAGUGUGGAGUGCUGCUCCUUAGUUGGAAUAGAAAAAUGCAAUUUGAUGGCUGUGCUGCUGUCUUG